CAGCCGGCGCUCCUUAAGCCAGAUGCUCUGCUAAAGAAACAAGCAGGAAGGGGAGGCUUUCUAAGGUGUUUGCCCCAGGAAAUCGGGGCCCUAGGCGUCUCCACUUAUCCCAGUACCUUCGAGAUACUAGGUGAAGAGUCCGCCACAACGCGAGCCGAAACUGGGUUAGGUUUGCUGGUAGACCGGAAGGCGAUGGAGGCUGGAGAGGGAAAAGAACGCUUUCUGAAACAAAGGCAAGUCUUGAUAUUCUUUGUUUUGCUGGGCAUAGCUCAGGCUGCUUCCGAGCCUAGGCGCUACUCAGUGGCUGAGGAAAUGGAGAGUGGCUCCUUUGUGGCCAAUUUGUUAAAAGACCUGGGGCUGGAGGUAAAUGAGCUAGCUGCACGGGGGGCUCGGGUCAUUUCCAAAGGGAAAAAAACUCGUUUGCAUUUUGAUAGGCAGACAGGGGACUUGUUGUUAAAUGAGAAACUGGAUCGGGAGGAGCUGUGCGGCCUUGCCGAGCCAUGCGUGCUACCUUUCCAGGUGUUAUUGGAAAAUCCCCUGCAGUUUUUUCAGGCUGAGCUACGGAUUAGAGAUAUAAAUGAUCAUUCCCCGGUGUUCCUAGACAAGGAAAUAAUUUUGAAAAUUUCAGAAAGUAUCACUCCCGGAACUACUUUCCUAAUAGAACGUGCCCAGGACUUAGAUGUAGGAAGCAACAGUCUCCAAAGUUACACAGUCAGCCCCAAUUCCCAUUUCCAUCUUAAAUUACAAGACAGUCCCGACGGCGUAUUACCACAGCUGGUGUUGGACAAAGCACUGGAUCGAGAGCAACAGGCUGAGAUCAGGUUAACUCUCACAGCGCUGGAUGGCGGGACUCCACCCAGGACUGGCACUGCUCUGGUUCACAUUGAAGUCUUAGACAUCAAUGAUAACGCCCCCGAGUUUGCAAAGCAGUUUUACGAGGUGCAAGUUCUGGAAAACAGCCCCAUUGGAUUCCUGGUUGCCAUAGUCUCUGCUAGCGAUUUGGACAUUGGAACCUAUGGAGAAAUAUCUUAUGUAUUUUCCCAAGCCUCUGAAGAGAUUCGCAAAACUUUUCAAAUAAAUGCAAAGUCAGGAGAACUCUUUUUAACACAGAAGCUGGAUUUUGAAUCCACUCAGACUUAUACAUUAAAUAUUCAGGCGACAGACGGUGGAGGACUUUCUGGAAGCUGCGUGGUGUUUGUCCAAGUGAUGGAUUUGAAUGACAACCCUCCGGAACUGACUAUGUCAACAUUUAUCGAUCAUAUCCCAGAAAACUUGCAGGAGACCAUAAUUGCUGUAUUCAGGGUUUCAGAUCCUGACUCGGGAGACAAUGGAAGAAUGGUUUGUUCCAUUCAAGAUGAUCUUCCUUUCUUCCUUAAACCUUCCGUUGAGAAUUUUUACACUCUCGUGACAAACACAGCUCUGGACCGAGAGACAAGAGCCGAGUACAACAUCACCAUCACCGUCACUGACCUGGGCACCCCCAGGCUGCAAACCCAGCACCACAUGACGGUGACGGUGUCCGACGUGAACGACAACGCGCCGGCCUUCAGCCACACCGCCUACACCCUGCGGGUGCGCGAGAACAACAGCCCCGGCCUGCACAUCGGCCGCGUGAGCGCCGCGGACAGAGACGCGGGCGCCAACGCGCAGGUCACCUACUCGCUGCUGCCGCCGCACGACCCGCGGCUGCCCCUGGCCUCGCUGGUGUCCCUCAACGCGGCCACCGGGCAGCUGUUCGCGCUCAGCUCCCUGGACUUCGAGGCGCUGCGCGCGUUCGAGUUCCGCGUGGGCGCGGCCGACCGCGGCUCGCCGGCGCUCAGCAGCCAGGCGCUGGUGCGCGUGCUGGUGGGGGACGCCAACGACAACGCGCCCUUCGUGCUGUACCCGCCGCAGAACGGCUCGGCGCGCUGCCCCGAGCUGGUGCCCAGGGCGGCCGAGGCGGGCUACCUGGUGACCAAGGUGGUGGCGGUGGACGGCGACUCGGGCCAGAACGCCUGGCUGGCGUACCAGCUGCUCAGGGCCACGGAGCCCGGGCUGUUCGGCGUGUGGGCGCACAACGGCGAGGUGCGCACGGCCAGGCCGCUGAGCGCGCGCGACGCCGUCCGGCACAGGCUGCUGGUGCUGGUCAAGGACAACGGCGAGCCGCCGCUGUCGGCCAGCGUCACGCUGCACGUGCUGCUGGUGGACGGCUUCUCGCAGCCCUACCUGCCGCUCCCGGCCGCGGCGGCGGCCGAGGCCCGGGCCGACCCGCUCACCGUCCACCUGGUGGUGGCCUUGGCGUCGGUGUCGUCGCUCUUGCUGGUGGCGGUGCUGGGGUUCGUGGCGGUGCGGCUGGGCAGGAGGAGCCGGGCCGCGGCGGGGGGCGGCUGCUCGCUGCCCGAGGGCCCCUUCGCGGGCCACCUGCUGGACGUCAGCGGCGCGGGGACCCUGUCGCACAGCUACCAGUACCAGGUGUGUCUGACGGGAGACUCAGGAACCAAUGAGUUCAAGUUCCUCAAGCCAGUUCUCCCCAGUUUCCUUGGUCUGGGUGAAGAGAGGAUUAGUGAAGCAAACCCCAGUUUCAGGGAUAACUUUGAAUUCAAUUAAGUAUUAAUUAAUAAGGGUCUACUGAGCCUAGUCUCAGUUAAUUUGUUGAAAGUCCUUUUUUACUGCCUUGCUUAUUGGGGUUCUAUUCUAAUUUAGUGCAUGUUACUGGUGUUUCUAAAUGUGUUCAUUUGUGGUAUAAGGAAUGCAAAUUUCCUUUGCUUUCUUUUUGUUGAUUAGUCUCACUGUAACUUCAUUCAACUUAAAGUGUGAAAGUAAAUUUUGUAUUUUCAGAAGUCUUUAAUUUUUAAGUUACAGCACCUUUUUCCAAACUCACCUUCCACAGCUCGUAGGUAAUUUUGCAGAACUUAAAAUUUAAAACAUUUUUUAAAUGUUUUAAUCGCUACAUAAGCUUAUUCUUUCUCCAACCCAGAAUAUUUGUGUUUGUAUAUUCUCUUAGACUAGUAUAACUUUUAUUCUGUUAACUCAUAUUGACUAAAACCAUUAAUAUAUGCAUAUUCAUUAAUAACAAAGCAACCUCUCACAUUUUUCUAAAUAUGUACUUCCUUAAAGUGUCCAUAAUGAAGAUUAUGAUUCCUUAGAGAUUGUGACAACCUUGACUGCUGGAUUCUACAAACCAUUCACAUCAAAAGUGCUCAGUCAACCACUAAUAUUCUCAAAUGUAGUUAAAUAAAUAGCAUGUGUCCAGUUGUUUUCAAAGCCAUGUAAUUCUUCAUGCUUUCUAUUAAUAUUUUUUUCUUUAAACCUCUGCUCAUUUCAAAAGUUACCCAUUUUAGCAAUUGCAAGUCAUCUAUUAACAUCCUUAAAAUCCAGAAGAUAUGAGGAAAUAAAUCUAUGUCUUUGUCCUUGAGCAAAUUUUAGAAACUUCAAAUGUAGUUUGGCAUUGCAUUUUUCAAAAAUUCUGGACCAUUGGGGCGCCUGGGUGGCUCAGUCGUUAAGCGUCUGCCUUCGGCUCAGGUCAUGAUCCCAGGGUCCUGGGAUUGAACCCUGCAUCGGGCUCCCUGCUCAGCGGGAGGCCUGCUUCUCCCUCUCCCACUCCCUCUGCUUGUGUUCCUGCUGUCUCUAUCUCUCUCUCUGUCAAAUAAAUAAAUAAAAUCUUUAAAAAAAAUUUUUUUGGAGCAUUUAUGAUUCCAUUUUGGAAAUAAGCCUACGGGGAAAGAUUUAUCUUAGUGUGGCCAUUUUUUUUUUCUUCACUACUUCUAUUUUUCCCUUUUCUGUUUCCUAGGCUUUUCAUAACUUUUUUUCUUUUUAGGUUCUGGAAUAUGUUUCCCAACAGCUCCCCAUUUAUUGUAUGAUUAGCACAGUAAUUGGAGGAUUAUAGGUUAAUAAAAGUUUUGGCUAAAUGAUUGAAAGAAAGAAGUGUCUUUAUUUCACCCUGUGAUAUUUUGAUAUUUAAAGACACUAAAAUACUCAUAGAACAAAAUUUUGCUGGAAUUAAAUGCUCUCUAAUGUAUAAGGAAUUACAUAUAUAAUUUUUGGUUAUUAAUUCAACUGAUCACUAUUACUGAAAGAUUAUGCAGUUAUCAGUCCCUGGUGUCUCUUUCCUUCAAUAUAUUUUUCCUUUCUCUCCUCCUGAUUAAUUUGAGUCUCCUCUCCUGCGUUCUAGCUUAAGGAAUAUAUAUGGGGAAAUUGUAUUUUUUAUUUUAUAAUUUAAAUUUCCUUCUAUAAUUCCCUAAAUGAUUCAUCCAACUUUAUUUCUUGCAGUUCAAUUUCACAUCCAUACAUUAAGACACAGUUUUAGUUCUUAGUGUUCUUCAGCCUAUA